AGAAAAAUGUAGACAUAAACUCAUCACUUCACCAUAGCGAAUAUAAUAUACAAUAUACAAUAGAAACACGUUGCUAUUACUCCACUCUCCCUCGGACAAAAUGGACAAGGAACAAUUUGAGGCAUUCUUUAAGGAGGCGGAUAGCGAUCAAAAUGGGACGCUGUCCUUAUGUGAACUGUGCGGCAUUCUGAGGAAAAAGGGCUACAGAGGCAAGGAUGAAGAAAUAAAGAAAUAUUUUGAAAGCGUCGACACAUCGGGGGACGGGCAGAUUUCUCUGGAGGAAUACAUGGUAGCUAUGGGCUUAGUGCCGCCUGUCCACCACAAGGCUGCGAUGUUUCGAGGUGUCUUCCAACAGUUUGACAAGAACGGAGACGGGAAGAUUGACAAGCACGAGCUGAAGGCUUGCCUGGCCGAGCUGGGACGGAAUUACACCGAGGAAGAGACCGCCAGGUGGCUGGCUCAAAUCGAAGAUAAGGACGGAGACACCGAGACCAUGAAUUACGAAGAGUUUAUUAAGGAGGUUUUCGGAGUCGACGUCUAAAAGUGUGUUCUUUUUUUUCAUGGAAAUCGAACACGGUGCAUAAUUCCAACCAAAUUCAUUAAUGACGUUUUUUUCUGGCUUUGAAAAUAUUGUGGAUUCAAAUAAAAAUUUGUUAUGGCCAGCUUCACAAUUUAAGUGUACCGUUUUUUUCUAUUUUUUGUAUGUUGUUACCUGUUUGUCUAAUUCAGUAACUUAUUUUUUGAUUAAUAUUUGUCAUGGGAAAUAAGUACGAUUCCUAAUUGUACGUUGCUCCUUCGUUGACAACAGACAUAAAACGUACAAAAAAACUUUGAAACUUUAACUUUAUAUAUGUAUCUUAUAUACAUGUAUUAGAGAAAACACACAGGUGGUGUGGGUAACAUCUUUGUGAUUUGGUAACUUAUAAGUUUAUUAAUUGACUUUUCUCGAUAUUGUAAGGUGACGGAAGUUUCGUUUCGCUGUAAAUAUUUAAAGAUUUAGUUUUGUUAUUUUAUUUAUUUCAUAUUAGAUGCAUUAGUUUUAUUUGGAAAGGGGUUUGUUUGUUAGCUACCGUUAUUUUUGUCGACAUUUCCAUUUUUAAUUCUUUGGAAUAUUUAUCCUGGGAAAUGAAUAUAGCCGGUUACUAGUGUUAGUGGGAAUGUUUUUGUAAUGUAUGUAAUUAGAUUCAAUAUAAUCUGCCGCUCAUUCUUAACAUAUCAAAUGUUGGAUCUUUCACCUAAAAUAUUUAUUAUUUCAAGUCUUCAUUGUGAAUAUAUUUUGAUACACUAGCGAUUUUAAGUAUUUCUAGUCUGCAUCGCUAUUGAUGUACGCAUAAUGCAAGCUCACGAAGAUGGAUCAAAUAUUUGUAUAUUUUCAUUUCUUAUUUAAUCAAACUAAAAUCAUUCCCUUUUUAUUGCGUUUUAAGAGGGUCUAUUUUAUGAAAAGCGUACUGCACUGAUGUGCUAUCGUUGUUGCCUUCAACUGUCUCCCUCAUACAUUGUGCCGGCAAUUCGGGGGAUUAUUGUAAGAAAAUAAAACAAUUGGAUUUUACAAAUGAUCGUUUAAACAAUGAAAAUUCAAAAAGUAUUGCUUGGCGAGAUUACUGUGCUGAAAAUAAAUAAAUCUUUACUCUGAAAAACUUAAGUUUUACUCCUCGAUUGAUGUCUAUG